GCCAUCGAUCGUUCUGCCAGCUACACUCAGCAAAAAUCUGGGUAACAGUGUUGUCCUGGCCUAAUGUUUAAAAUGCAUAGAGUUAUGCAAACAAUGUGGAUGAAACAAAAUGUGCUAGUCCCUAAUCUGUGCAAAUUUGAAGGAUAUCUCUAAAUCUUUUAUCAAGAAAAUAUUAAUGAAAAAUAUACUAAACUGAGGUUUCUUUCUACACUCUACAAUUUGUAAAAAAUUAAAGACUUAAACAAAUGAAAAGCCAAGGCAACUUGUAUCAAAAAGUAUUCAACUUGGCUUUCGUGUAGUGCCUGUGUUAGUUUUAGCCCAAAGUUUUCUGUUUGACUCGGUGUUGUUGUCGUGCUAAAGUCGCCGUUGCCUUCGGCUCGUCGCUUGCGAGGGCUAGCUCCUGGCAGUCGCCGUUCGUCCUUGCUGCGGUCUAGAGGCCAGGAUUUCGCUGCUAGCCAGGCUAGAUGCGCCUCCUUUGGGGCUGAAGUGUGCGUGCUAAUGGCCAUGUAAUGAGUGCGCCGCGCUAAUCGUUAUGCAAUCACAGUGGCUCGAUUCCCACUCGCAGUGAAAUGUCUCUCAAGCGUUAUGCAACUCUGCUGGCCUUCGGUCAAAGUCAGAAUCAGAAUCAGAAUCAGAACCAGAAUCAAAAUCAGAACCAGAAUCACACAAUUCGGGCCACAACAAUAUCGGUGGCUCCCACAACGGAACCACCAUCGCCGUCAUCAUCGUCGUCGUCAGCAUUUGGAAGUUUCGUCAGCGAGGAGCAGCUGCAGUCCCAGGAGCACAUCUCCUCCUCAUCCUCGAUUGUCACACACACCACCUACUACACCGGCGGAUUGGGGCAGUAUCACCAGCAGCGCGGUGGCUCAGGAGCCGUCAUAUCCGGUGUGGGUGGCGGCGGAGGACCUAGUGGACCCCAGACCUAUGCAAAUGUUGUCAACGGCAAUGUGAAUCUGCUGCUCGGCGGAGCAAUGCUUUCCCUGGUGACGACCAUAUUGUGUGUGGUCUGCUAUUGUUGCCAUCGGAACAUCAAAAAGCGGACGGAGGCCGCCUACAGGCAGCAGCAGCACCAGUGGCUCGAGGGCGAUCCCAACAUGGAAAUAUACAGCGUGGAGCAGUGCUACGAGACAUCUGGCCUGUUCCUGGGCGACUCCACCGACGGCCUGUCCGCCGUGCCCGCCCUGCACCACGAACCACCGCCCUCGUACGAUGCAGUGGUGCUGCACGAGCAGCAGCUCCACCAGCAGCAGCUGGAGCAGCAGCAGCAGCAACAACUGCAGCUGCAACUGCAGCAACAGCAGCAGCUGCUGAUGCAACGCGUCUCGCCGCCGCCAGGAUACCGAUCCUCCUUGGAUAUCAGCGGCCAGUCGGCAACGAGCUUCGGUCGCGGCACACCGGAUGGCAGUGUGGAUGCGGUGGCCAGUGGCAGUGUGGCCACACCAGGCGGAUCCGGUGGCCUGCUGGUCAACAAGCAGUUGCAACUGGCACUAAAUGCCCAAUCCUGCUGCUCGCUGCAGCGGGCCGAGGUGGAGAGCAUGUGGAACGCCGCUGCGGCGGCGGUGGCUGCACGGAGCGGAAAUUGCCUGGAAAUGGAGACGCUGCAGGUCCGUAAGCCGGCGCAGAACAUCAGAUUGAACACCUUCGGGCGGCGGUAUCUGCAGCAGAGCCAUCAGCAUAGUGGAAACCACUACCGGCGUGGCUGUCCGCUGUGCGGCAAGUUCCGCUAUGAAGGCGAGGUUGAUGAUGAGCCACUGACCGCUCUGUCCGUGGAAAGCGGUCUGAACAUAGGUGGGCGCCGGGAGGAGGUGCCGUCUAUCUGCCCCUGCCCCAGCGACAUCGACAAUGGCAAUGCCAACCACAUUUCUGGUGAUGAUCUGCAAGAUGAGGCCAACGGCAAUUUUCUGGCACCCACUAUCGAUGGGCCACCUCAAAAUGAUGCCGUGCUCUUUCCUGUAACCGCUGCCAACGAUGAAAAUGACAACGCAGCAACAUUGGACACACCAUCAACAUCCGACACACCAGCCACAUCCCACAGGCACUCGGAGGAGGUUGAGCUGGCCACGGGCCUGCAGGAGCAGCAAGAGGAGCAGGAGAAGCAGGAGGAGCAGGAGGAGCAGGACUUGGACAACAUCAACGAGAACGGCAUCAUCAGCAUGGACAUGAGCAAAAUCAUCGAUGGAUCGGGACUGCCCACAUACGAGGGCGCCAUCAAACUGGAGUCCAGUGGUUAUGUGUGAGCCUAACGAGGAGUUCACAUUAGUUGUACGGCUGCAAACCAAAACCGAAACCACAAUCGUGCUUUAACUAUGAUUAAGAUGGGUUGAGAUUGGUGAAUUCACGUUUUAUUACCGAGGAAUCCAUAGCAAAUUCAGUUCUUAAGCUAUUUCAGUGGUUCUAACUACGAACUAAGAAGAUGGCUAAUAUCUUUCUUUGAUAAAUUAAGAAUAGCCCACUUAAUGUAAGCGUUUUUGAGUUGAAAGAGUUGACGAAAAUAUCACGAUUUCGAUAAAGAGAAAUAACAUUUAAAGCAAAACGGAAUACAAUAAUUUUAACGUUUAAAUGUUUAGAGCUAAGCCAGUGCAUAUCCCUGUAAAUGUUCGUGUCGAUAGCCGUAUCAAUAAAAUCAAAAAUUGUAAUUGAACGCAACAAGCGGUUUAAUAAGCAACCUCAAUCCGCAACCUUCGCCUUAUUACACACGAACAGUUUUUAGUUUAGAAUGCUCUGCUGGGCGCAAUCCGAUUGAUUUUGUAUUAAAAACGGGGGCGGGAAACGCACGAGAUGAUAAAAAACAAAACCAGAGCAAGGAAUGGCAUGCAAACAAAUCGCCAAAGACAACGGCUAACAAGCGGCAAGAAUACAGCAACACCACCCACACGGCCCUCACCCCAUUUUCCCACCCACACUUUUUCCACCACAGCCAAGGGGUUUAUGUGUAUGUCUUUUCGCCUGGAUCAUUCGCAUUAGAAGGGGAGAAAAGUGUCACCAGGUCGGCUACGUAAUUCUCUAACCGAAGCAUUUAGCGGCUUUACUUCGACACUGGGGAAAAUUACUAACAAUGAACUUUAAAGCACCUUUGAGAGUCAAAAGUUCCCCGAAUGUCAAGUAUGCGUAAAUAUCACGCGGAAAGCAUUGACAAAUAUCAAGCGUACGCACAGUUCGCCCACUUAAGAUACUUCGUUCACAUACAACUGCUUAAAAUGUCAAGUAUAAAUGUGUAUCAGCCAAUAGCACAGCUUCACAAUGCAUCAAGUAUACGCACCGUUCGCCCACUUUGAAUUACUUCAGUUAAACUGAAGCACGGCAAGGGAAUGAAGGGUUGUGGGAGAAAAUAAAUCGUUUUCAAUUGUGGGUUAUGUUUUCGUGUGUGGUCAAGCGAUGGCAAACGCGAGGGGAGGGGGGUCAGAACCCUUGUUUUGCCCUCGUGCCACAUUGCAAUGGAAAUGGUAACAAGAAACCUGUUCAGUUGGCUCCCAUCAUUGUGCACAAUUUCAUUUGACAGCCGUCGCAGGGGUAACAAGUUCUCGGCGUUUAUGCAACCUUGAAAUGCUCAAGUGGGUGGUGGUUGGAUAAUGUGGGGAACGUAAUUAUGCAUGUAAGUUACACUUGAGAUCACAUUUAAGCCAGUGCAAUCCCAAUAAAAGGUUACCAAACGUGGUUUCUUUAUUAUUGAACAAAUGUUUAAGUGUUAAGUUUAAGUCCACUGGCUUCUUUGAGCGUUUGAAAAU